AUGGCCACCACAUCCCCCUUGCCUCAGACUAGGAGGCUUUGGUUACUGCAAACUCAGCCAUCGCAGCUACACUCACAUCACCGGCAAUUCAGCUCAUUAAAUCGUGUAACCAAGCUACCCCUGAAUCAGAAGCCACGGGUGAAGUUACUCAUGGAGAGAUUUGAGAGAUCUAACAGAGGCACAGAGGAUCCUUCAAACAGUCGACCCCUCAAAACCCCAAGACAAGAUGCCCCUAAAGGAUUACAGACAAGGAAAGCAGCACUUGAGAAAUUUACAAAUAAAGGAUGUACUGCAUUUUGUCCAGGACCCAGUACUCUUCACAAACCUGCUCAGCCUAAGCCUCCUCUGGCAGUCAAGCCUUCAAGUGAUGAUAAACCAGAGAAAGAUCCAAACCCACCACAUUUAAACCCAGUGGCACAAAGGUUUGGUGUUCAGCUUCAGCCCACUAACAGAGGAAAUGAUGAAAAAGCUGGAUGCAGUAAACUCUCUAUCAAAACCAGUGACCCGUCAAAAGAGGACCCAAAGCCUUUGAACCCAAAACCUGCAUGGAACAAGCACCUUGCUCCUCCUGAUAAAGAAAAAAAUCCUCUAGGAUCAAAGCCUAAUUUAAAUUUUGCAUCACAGGAGAAUGAGGGAAAACCGGAAUUCUCAAAAGUAGCUGCAGUUAAGGAAAAAUUAAGGUCUGCAACACAAGAAAAUGAGCCCAAGCCUCCUGUUUCUAAACCACCUCUUGCACAGAAACCUUCUCUAAACAAUGAGGUAUCUCAGAAGGAAGACACUUCUAAUAAAAGUAAUUCUCUGCAAAGACAGUCUGGACCUAGAACAAAUAUACAUGCAGGCCAAGAAGCAAAGCAAAUGGGUGAAAAUAAUAACUCUGCUGCAGAAGCUCCAGGCAGUACUUUUCCUAAAACAGCUCUGAAGCGUACUGGCCUCAGGUCCAGCUUAUCAAAAGGAACCCCCAAAACUAUGGCAGAAAACACUGAAGAAAAGGGAAUGAGUGCUGCCAAGAACAUCUUCCUCAAGAAAAUCUCUGAGGAAGAAUCAGGUUCUUCUCGUAAAUUCCAUAAGAUGAAUACGGCGCUUGCUGCAGGAAGACCAUCAGGUGAAUCACAAGAGGAUGAGAACAGGAGUUCUAGAAUGCCCAAGCGGAAAAUCCUGCCUUCAGUGGCCAAUCUGGGCCAGCCCCCCAAAAAGCCCAGCAGACCCCCCUCUGUGAAUCUGGAAAAGUUCCUGAAGAGCCACCAAAAAUUCAGUCCUAAAAAUGAAGGUUUGAAACAGAAGACACUUUCCUCAGCCGCACUUGCCCCACCGAUACCUCCAUCACACGCGGCGGGGCCACCUCCUCCACCGGCCUUUCACCCAUCCCUGCAGGGGCCAGCAGCUCCCAGCCUGCCUCCCAGAAACAUCAAGCCCAGCUCUGAAACAAUAAACCUAGAAAAUGAAGAAAAUUAUGAUGACGUUGAAUUUGUUUCACAGGGUCAUGGAAAUACACAGAGGGGUCAAGAAAGUGAUGGAGAGAUGUAUGAAGACAUUAAUGACAUCAGAUCAUCAAGGGGAAAAGAGAAGAACUGGGACAAAGAAGAUAAGAGAAGAAUGGACCAGGAGAAGAAAGAACAAAAGGAAAAAGAAAAGAAAGAGCAUGAACUGAGGAAAAAGUUCAAAUUAACAGGACCCAUUGAAGUCCUUCAUCAGGCACGAGCUUGCGUUGACCACAAGGGAGGGAGGAAUGAACUGACUGUCAAACAGGGGGACAAGAUUGAAAUCAUUCGCCUCACAGACAACCCAGAAGGAAAGUGGCUGGGCAGGAUUAAAGGAUGCUAUGGAUACAUUAAAACAACCAUGGUGGAGAUUGAUUAUGAUUCUUUAAAAAGAAAGCAAAAACCAUCUACCAGAGCUGCUGUGAAACAUACCGAGAGUGACCAAGAAACAUAUGAUGAUGUUGGAGAGCAGGACAGUACUAGCAGUCAAAGUGGUGACCAAGGCGGAGGUGGAAACAUGUUCUCAUCUCCUCCUUCUGAUCAAGACAUUUAUGAUGGAAUUGAUGAUGAAGAUGCUAUAGCUAGGUCUGUAUCACAGGAUGAAGAUAAGAAUGAUAUCUGGCCCUGGGGAAUCUUGAAGAUACUAAAGGUCAAAGAUGGCAAAAAGAAAAGUGUACGAGAAAAAACAGCCAAAGUCAAUGAGGCAGAAGAAAAUGAAAAUUUGUUCACCCCUUCUUCAACAAAGCAGUCUGGAAAAGAUUAUGGAGACAAUGUUUAUGAUGAUGUAGAUUCUUCAGACUUCCCUCCUCCGCCACCCGAAUCCAGCUUUAGCUCAUCAAAAUCAGGAAGCUUUGGAAAACCUAAGUCAGAUGAAAAAGAUGCACAAAAGCUCAAGAAGAUGGAAAAAGAAGAGAAAGAGUUCAGAAAAAAGUUCAAAUUUGAUGGUGAAAUAAAAGUUCUAUACUCUACAACCACCAUCCAGGAUUUAUCACAGAAAAGACGGGGAUAUAAAGAUUUGCAAAUUAAACCAGGGGAAUCUCUUGACAUUAUUGAAAGUACAGAUGAUACCAAGGUCCUCUGCAGGAAUGAAGAAGGAAAAUAUGGCUACGUUCUGAGAAGCAAUUUAGUUCAGAAUGAUGGAGAGAUUUAUGAUGACAUUGGUGACGAUUGCAUCUAUGAUAAUGACUCUGAUGCUGCAUUCUCUUGAAAUAAAAACUUCAUUGAAGAUCAAACUCUAGUUUGGAAUCCCACUUGUGAAAGCAAGAAGAAUCACAAAUGCUGAUUGCAAGUUAAUUGGUGUCUCUUUUAAAUGCACAAUUAACAUUUUUUGGGAUUUCAGUCUUUUGUCCUUCAAUGCUUUUUAUUCCCAUUUAUCGGAGCAUUUAAAAUUGAGGGAAUAUAAGCAAAAGCUAGAGUUAUAAUUUUUCACUUCCUUUCCACAUUUCUUACAGUCCAUGUAGAAAUACAUCUUUAAUUAUCCAUUCCCAAAGAGGCCAGUUCACAUCUGUGAAGGGUCUUGAGGACAACAGUCCCUGGCAGCAGGUUUUACUCUGGCUUUCACUUAUUAAGCACCAAAGACAGCCACUGUG